AGGACAUAUGAGAAGAGGAGACCGCAGAAGAAUCAAACCAGCGACCCUCAGGUGCUCAGGAUGGCUCAGCAGCUGCCACAUGAAGAAGGGACCAUGUUAAUUCAUCCACAAAAAUAUGCAUCAGGAGCAAGAAGGUCAACGACUUCUGCAACCUUCAAUUUCAUCAAUUCCAUAAUCGGAUCAGGAAUCAUAGGUUUACCGUAUGCACUGAACCAGGAAGGGCUCCCCUUGGGCGUCCUGCUGCUGAUCAUCGUUGCAUUGAUCAUAGAUUAUUCAAUCGUCUUGUUGAUCAGAGGAGGGAACCUGUCGGGGAAAAACAGUUAUCAGUCACUGGUGCAGAGCACAUUCGGUUUCCCAGGGUUUCUGAUUGUAUCUGCGCUGCAGUUCCUUUAUCCUUUCAUCGCUAUGGUGAGUUACAACAUCACAACUGGUGACACAAUGACCAAAGUAUUUCAGAGAAUACCAGGAGUUGGUCUAGGUCACAUACUCGCCGAGCGUCACUUUGUGAUCUUGCUGUCAACGCUGGCUUUCACGCUGCCUCUCUCACUUUAUCGAAACAUAGAGAAACUGGGGAACGUGUCCUUCCUGUCAAUGGUGCUGACACUGACCAUCCUCAUCGUCGUCAUCAUCAUCCGAGCAGCCACCUUGGGACCACAGAUCCUCCCUACAGAGAACGCAUGGGCAUUUGCCGAGCGGAACGCAAUUCAGGAAAUUGGUGUUAUGUCUUUUGCCUUCAUAUGCCACCACAACAGCUUCCUCAUCUAUGGCUCCCUGGAUCAGCCCACUCUGGCUAACUGGUCUCAAGUCACCCACGUCUCAGUCCGUUCUGCGCUGGUAAUCAGUGCUGUCGCUGGCUACACCACCUUCACCGGCUUCACACAAGGUAUCAACACAACGUGUAGAAUUCCUUAUGCAAGUGAGACUAGUUAUUACAACUUUUCAGGAGACAUAUUUGAGAACAACGGCAGAGAUGACAACCUGGCGACAUUUGGUCGCUUCUGCUUUGGCUUCAGUAUAAUAACCACUUUUCCACUGGAGUGUUUUGUGACGCGAGAGGGUGCUCUGAGCACCAUACCCCUGAUCUUCAUCAUCCCGUCAGCGUGCAUCCUCAAACUCUCCCCUGGCCGCUGGUACCAGGGUGAAAACUUGAUCGCCACCAUCUUAUAA